GACUACAGGUUGGGGAUUGAGAUUGAAUUGAAUUUGGCCAAUCAAUACAAAGUUAACUGAUCUGAAGUUUAGUGAAAUUUAGUGAACUUUGCGCAGAUUGGUCAAAUUUCAAUUCAAUUUCAAUCCUCAAUCCGUAAACUGAUACCGGCUUAAGCAGCCCGCAACCGUAACUGAGCGAAGAGAAGAAGAAAAAGAGAGAGGGAACACGUGUACCACACUUAUAUACACGGUUGUUAUUUAAUUCAUAAAGAACGAUGACGUUAAAGCAAUAUAACGUAUUAAAGAGAAAACGAAAGCAGGAAAACAAUGAUGUACAAGUAGUGCCCGCAAAGAAAAUAUCAGAUGAACUAGUUACUACAAAGCCCAAAUGGAUCAACAGGCAUCGAGUAUUGAUAUUUGCUACUCGAGGAAUCAAUCACAGGCAUCGGCAUCUUAUGGAAGACUUGAAGACACUUAUGCCACAUCAUCGACCCGAAUGCAAAAUGGAACGCACCAAGACUCUACAAGUGGUAAAUGAAAUGUGCGAGAUGAAAAAUUGCAAUAAAGCCAUUCUUUUUGAAGGUCGGCUUAAGCGAGAUCUUUAUAUGUGGAUUGCUAAUGUAUCUGCUGGUCCAAGUGUAAAAUUUCUUGUGGAGAAUAUUUACACAAUGGGAGAACUGAAGUUGACUGGAAACUGUUUGAAGGGAUCUCGACCACUGCUCUCAUUUGAUGAAUCUUUUAUUAAACAUACACAUUACAGCCUUUUGAAGGAACUUUUAACUCAAAUAUUUGGUGUGCCAUAUCAUCAUCCUAAAAGCCAGCCAUUCUAUGAUCAUGUGUAUAUAUUUAGUAUUCUAGACCACAGGAUAUGGUUCCGGAAUUUUCAAAUUUUAACUGAAGAUGGUGCGUUAGCUGAAAUUGGGCCAAGAUUUGUAUUAAAUCCAGUUAAGAUAUUUGCCAAAAGUUUCAAUGGCGAUAUUCUGUGGGAUAAUCCCAAUUAUGUUUCUCCUGCCAAGUAUCGGCAAUCAUUGACAAAAAAAGCAGCUGGAAAAUAUAUAAACAGAAUAGAGCAAAAAAUGGCACGAGAAGCAAGUAAACCUGAACAAUCUUAUGCUCUUAAUCCUACAGACGAAAUAUUUAAGGGCGAAUUAUUAAAGAAAGCACUGGAAGUGCAAGAAAAGUUUGAAGCAUUAAAUGGAAAUGAAGAAAUUACAAGUGAUAAAGUAAAACGGGUGAAGAAACCUGUGACUGAAAAGAAGAAAGCGGUUGUGAAAAAGAAACCGGUUGUAAAAAAGAAAACAAUUAAGAAAAGUACUUCUAAAAGUAGAUUAGAAACCUAG